AUGGCCAACAUCGAUCCCGUAAAUGAGUUGACUGUCAGCGAUGGCAGGCAUACUCAUCCUCCGGUUUUGUUUCCUCACGGACAAGGUACGACUAGUCGUAUAACUCCACAACAGAAAGCAAGAAUUAAAGAAUUGAGAAAUUCUCACGUGAAGCCAAUGCUAAUCAUGGAUAGAUUAAGAAAAGAUGAUCCGAAGAUACAAACCUCUAUGAAGCAUGUUUACAAUGAGUUGGCCAAGAUUAAAUCUGAGGAAAUGGAGGGCAUGACUGUUAUUCAGUUUAUGAUGCAUAACUUUCAACAAGGCGAGUAUCGAUAUUGGCAUCGCGUCGAUAGUGAAACGAGCAACACAAUUACAGAUGUUAUGUUUGCAUGUCCCGAAUCUAUUAAGUUACUACGGUUGUUCAUAAAUGUUGAGGCAAAUGCGACGAAAUUUAUGGGAGGCAACAAAGACCAAGGUUUAAUAUUCCGACGUGUGUUGUGGGCUAAGCUGGUGAAAUCAGAAACCGAAGAAGAGUAUCAUUACAAUUACAAUGAAAUUGUUGGACGGUAUGGAGGAUAUCCUAGACUGAUACAGUAUUUGAAUGAUACGUGGUUGAUAUACAAGGAGGAGUUUGUUCGAGCCUAUACUCACAAUGUGUAUCAUUUUGGCAACACGAGCACCAAUAGGGUGGAGAGUGCUUAUUCUUCUGCGAAGGGUUGGUUAAAUGCUUCGACCGGAGGUCUGGAUAACGUGCAAGGCAAACUUCGGGACCAAAUUUAUAUCCAAAUUAGUCAGCUGAAGUGCGAUUUUUCAUUAUCAUCCCAGAUAAGGAAGCAUACUGCAGCAUGGUUGUUUUUUCAGGGUUUGAUUUGUUAUGUUACGCAUCUGGCAUUAGAGAAAUUGGAUCAAGAGAUGGAGUCCCCGACGAUGCAAGAUCCGAGUAUUUGCACACACUAUCUUUGGAAUACUCAUGGGCUCCCAUGCGCGUGCAAAAUUAUGCAGAAAAUGGAAGAUAAUGACACGUUCGUCAUUUCAGACUUGCAUCCAUUCUGGAGUACCAUGGCAGUUGAGCCUUCGGAGCUACCCGAGUAUCAAGUAAACCGCGAGGAGAUUGUGGAUAGACAGAUUGAUGACCCUGAAUUUCAAUUUUAA